AUGUCAACACUAGAAUCAUCAAAAAAUGGGGGCGCUGAGGAAUCCGCUAUUGCGAGCUACUCCAUGCUCCAGCCAUACAAGCCGAAUCAUCUUGUCAAACAUUGUCCACUCGCGGCUCCGAGGCCAGCGUCUACAGUCAACACCCUCUCACAACCCGCAAGCGUCUUACACACAUCAAUCCUACUACCACCUCUACUCGAUAAUCUCAAUAUGACGACCAACCCCGGCGGUCCCGAAAUCGUGCCGCUCACCCUUUGGACGGAGAACCAUAUCACCGCCAUUUACAAGGCCACCAACCGUGCUGACUUCGACAAGGCGUUCGAUGAGUUCAUCGACAAGAACGCGCAGAUCACUCUGAACGGCCGCAAGAUCGGCCGUGAGGAGUACAAGCUGCAGCUCGUCGGCGAGAAGUUCUUCGAACGGUCCGCGGACGUCUCAUUCGCGGGUUCGGUUCAGAAGGAGGGCAAGAUUGUUGAUUACAUUGAGGUCAGUGGUCUACUCCGCCGUGCCGUGCCAUAUCUGAUACCGUACGAAUUCCAGACCGGGGACGUCGGUGUGUUCUUCAAAGCCACAGUCUUUGGCCGCCUCUUCUUCCGGGGCGCACCGAUAUCCAGCACCGUGAACUCCUCCCUGAACGCUGUGUGA